AUGGAGUGCGGCACUGGCAGAUGGAGUGCGGCACUGGCAGAUGGAGUAAGGCACUGGCAGAUGGAGUGCGGCACUGGCAGAUGGAGUGCGGCACUGGCAGAUGGAGUGCGGCACUGGCAGAUGGAGUGCGGCACUGGCAGAUGGAGUGCGGCACUGGCAGAUGGAGUAAGGCACUGGCAGAUGGAGUGCGGCACUGGCAGAUGGAAUGGAGUAAGGCACUGGCAGAUGGAGUGCGGCACUGGCAGAUGGAGUAAGGCACUGGCAGAUGGAGUGCGGCACUGGCAGAUGGAGUGCAGCACUGGCAGAUGGAGUGCGGCACUGGCAGAUGGAGUAAGGCACUGGCAGAUGGAAUGGAGUGCGGCACUGGCAGAUGGAGUAAGGCACUGGCAGAUGGAGUGCGGCACUGGCAGAUGGAGUAAGGCACUGGCAGAUGGAGUAAGGCACUGGCAGAUGGAGUGCGGCACUGGCAGAUGGAAUGGAGUAAGGCACUGGCAGAUGGAGUGCGGCACUGGCAGAUGGAGUGCGGCACUGGCAGAUGGAGUAAGGCACUGGCAGAUGGAGUGCGGCACUGGCAGAUGGAGUGCGGCACUGGCAGAUGGAGUGCGGCACUGGCAGAUGGAGUGCGGCACUGGCAGAUGGAGUGCGGCACUGGCAGAUGGAGUAAGGCACUGGCAGAUGGAGUGCGGCACUGGCAGAUGGAAUGGAGUAAGGCACUGGCAGAUGGAGUGCGGCACUGGCAGAUGGAGUAAGGCACUGGCAGAUGGAGUGCGGCACUGGCAGAUGGAGUGCAGCACUGGCAGAUGGAGUGCGGCACUGGCAGAUGGAGUAAGGCACUGGCAGAUGGAGUAA